CAGGACACUAGUUUGUGGAGAUCAUCUGCAAUUCACUGGAAACCGAGGUUCGAGUCCUCGCUGCGGCACGCUUUCUUUUUCACCUUCGCCGCAGUCGUCUAGGGGUCAGGACAUAAGCUUGUGGAAAUUUGUCUACAAAGCGCUUGAAACCGAGGUUCGAGUCCUCGCUGCGGCAUGUCCUUUUCUUUUUUGAAUUUUGAGAAUAAAGAAUUUUUUCCUUCUUUUUUUUCUGGUUUCUGGGCGGCAUUACUAACAAAUAGUCUUGCGUACAUUGUUCGUAUUCUACCCGGUGGUAAUCAACACCUAUAGUAGCCAGCAACGUUUUCUACAGCGUGGGUAUUAAUAGAACAAGGCUAAAACACGCGGGGCCGCGGCGCAUGCUUGGCGUUGCUACCGCGUCAUCAGGCUCAAGGCUCCAGCGAAAGAUUAGGUGCCAUAUGACGAGGCUGCUUUCCAGAACAUAGACAAAGUCAGAAUUGUUCCUAAUUUUCUGCAGGGACGCCUCUCUAGUUGCUCUUGACUCAUCUGGAUCGCUGCGAAUCGUUCUAUUCCAGGCGGCUGCAGUGCCGGCGAUUUAUCAACAUGGAAGGACCCUUAAUCGCACCGCUCUGCAGCCUUUGCUCGUCUGUGGUUCAUCGAAGCACAGCUUGCUAUACGGAAAUUCACACACUCAUUCUGUCGUCGGGUCAGUCGCGAGUCACCCUCGGCGGCCUGGAGAUCCUUGCGGGGUUGAUUCAUGAGGUCUCGCAAUAUACCAACGAAUUGAACGAUGCAUUGGAGAAACGUCCAGUGGUUUCGCCAAUGACCCACACAACCUUGGAUACUAUACUGGGACGAUUGGAUUCUAUAUAUGGCAAAUUGAAUAAGCAGAUAAUGCGGUUGGAUGCUCAGAAUAUCGAUAGGGUUGAGCCGACAUAUCUCCAAGCCCAUCAUAAUCUGGUGGGCGCACAUAGCAAGUUUGUUGGACUUUUGCUCGAUAUUGUUACAAUGCCAAGCGCAGAGCUACAGAUGUUUCGACUACAACAAAAUCACGAUGUCAUAUUAUCUAUAACGUCAAUAUCAGAACGAGCUCUAUCGUGUUCCGACAUAUUCUCGGCACCGAAUUUUGAUACGAAUAAUGAAACUAACACAGGCGUAGAACGGCGGACGAAUCGACUCAGCGUAUUGCCUCCUCCAUACUCAGAAGAACAGGACGCCGCACAUCCAACGGUUUCCCGGACGCAGAGUCAUACUACCAUGGCCUCUCUAGGGAGCAGCAAUAGUGUCGGUAAUUCAACAGAGACACAUUCUGAUGCCGUAUCUGUUGGCUCGUCUUUGCCAUCAAAUGGGCCGCGGCGUCGUAUAUCAUCCUUUACAACCUCGCUGAAGGCAAUGGCAUCGAUGGUGCUACCCAAAGACGAUGUUCUUGCUCAUGCCCUCUGCAACGCAGUUUUGAGUCAGGAUUUGGUUCAGGUCAAAGGUCUUUUGGCACAGGGAACAAACGUCAAUGGUAGAGAUAAAGAUGGAAAUUCGCCCUUGAACUAUGCCAUUCAAAAGAACGAUUUGGAUAUUGCCAAGCUUCUUAUCUACGCCAACGCCGAUAUUGAACAAACAACCAAAGUUACAGUACUACCUCCGCUGUUUUAUGCCUUGUCUCUUGGUUAUUACGAAAUGGCAAAGCUACUUAUAACAGCCGGUGCGGAUGCAAACCGAGCGAGGAGCAACUACCAGUCAACUUACUUUGUCGAUAUAUGCAGAAACGACUCUGUUGAGAAGGUCCGUUUUUUACUAGAAAAUGGUGCUGACCCUAACCAAUCUACGACGUUGGGCCGUGUUCCACUGAUAUAUGCGACUCGAGACGACCGUUACGAUAUUUCGAAACUGCUGUUGGAGCACGGAGCGAAGGCCGACGUCGGUGACUUGAGCAACCCCACCGUAUUGUCUAUCGCUGUAAAGAAAGGAAACAAAGAUAUCGCGAAGCUUCUUCUUGAGCAUGGGGCACGGGCGGACUCAGAAUCAAGCAGCGGAUCGAGAGUGCUGGCGGAUGCCAUUAGUGCUGGUGAUGCUGGAAUGAUAACCCUCCUCCUCGAUCACAAGGCAAACGCCAAUAUUAGCAUACACCGCACACGGGUUACUAUAAGCCAAGUGUUGGAGUCUGUUACGGCUAGUGACGAGGAUAUGUUCCCACUUGUCCAAGGGUUAGCGAGAAAUGGUGCCGCUCUAAAUAGCAAUAAGCCGGCCGUUCGUAUUGCCCUUGAGCUGCAUCUACCUAAAGUGUUGGCGUUCUUGUUGGACAACGGAGGUGAUGUAAACACACUAAUGGCACAAGGUGAACCCAUGCUGUCGUAUUCGAUUCGCGAGCGACUGCAUGAGGAAAUUGCAAUGAUUAUAGAGCAUGGAGCAGAUGUCAAUCUUUGCGAUGCCCAGGGCUCGCCACCACUUACAUACGCAAGAGUAUACUUGGAUCUAAUAGCCGAGCAGAUGCUAUUAAAAUUAGGGGCGGUUGAUAAACAACCCCCGAAGCGCAAUACUGGUCCGGGCCGACUAAACUUGGACACUAUGCUUGCGACGUACAAGUCUGACUGACACGAGUGGUGAUGACGUCGGCGGUUGUUCUGAGUUGCUAAUCCGCCCUUCUCACACUACAAUACCCAAAGGUCGAAGAAAGUAGCGGGAGUAUGUAUAUAGUGGGCAGUUUGCCGGACUGCAUGUAAAUAAUAAUAAUAUAGAGUAACCAAUAAUGGAAUGAAUCGCUGCUGGAAUGAUGUUUCAAGCACCUUGUAACAAUUGCGAGGUUGUACUGACUCGCGACGAUAUCAGCCGACUUGGGUUCGGGACUUCUUCUCACCUGGGGUAAAAUGCUGGGCGCCAUUUUCCCAGCCGUGCAGGCUUUAUCAACGGCGCUACGGAGGUGCAUUAGCGUGUUGGAAGGGGGUGCACGCCGGCGCCGUUGCAUUGGACUUGGGCUUUCGGGGGAUUGCGGCUGCAGCGCCUGUAAAGGGCAUAGUGACAACGGAGCAGUCCCUGCCGGUUAAGCGACUGCGGGAUUGCAGAUUUGCGAGGGACGCUAUUGGCAUUCGACUUACCUCCUAAGACACUUUAACCGGUGCAAAAACCAGCCAAGCUUCAGCUGCUACGAGAAACAACUGUAGCCUUCAUCAAUGUCGAGCAUGGUGGCGGCAUAUGCUUCGUAACAAUUAAGACUGCCUCGUGCGUGGCAGCUGUUUCAAUCGAUCGUGCCUUUUGGCAGUGUACGGGACUCCUGAGUAACUGACUGUAGGUGUGGCCUGAAACAAAAUUGGCCCAGGGUUGAUGGAAAUACAUAGGCGUGCAUGGGACAGACAAGAUGGACGGUGCUAGUGACAGCAGGGACCCUGUCCGCUUGGGUGUGGGAAGAAAGCCUGAGGACAAGUGUUGGGUUGCGACCUGACGACGACACUGCAUCAUUUGCCUUUUGCGUUUCGGGGGAUUCGGCAUUUCCCUCUCAUUUCUUUCGCCUUUGCCUGUUGGUUUCAUGUAUUUGCAACAUGUUCGCGGCCGCCAUUCAUGCAUCCCUUGUGUAGCUGGCUGCAAAUCUCAGACGAACGCCCAUUAGCCAUGGAACCAAUUAACUUAGCCAGCACGGCUGGAGCAUUUAAGUGACCUGUAGCGCUGGGCUCCAGAGCCUGGAUCGGGGUUCAGCGGCACGUGAGCGUCACUGGUGCAGCGAUCGGCCCGCCUCAACUGAACUUGGGCGGCUGCUCCCCCUGCGCGUCGUUGCGGUGUGCAAUUUGGCUAGGCGCCUAUUGCAAGGUAGGGCGAUGGCGAAUUCUUAAUGGGCGUGUCCUUGGGUGCUCUCUGUGGAAUCACGCUGUGUGAUUUCCAUGCCGAAUUGGCAUAUAGCCGUAUGUACGCGUGUGUGUGCACAUGCUAAAGUUUAGUUGGGUG